CAACGCCUUAAGCGUGUGAUAGUAGUUGGGCUGUUUCGUGGAUCCAAAGCCCAGAAACCAAACGGGCUGAGCUUGUAACCAACGUGGAAGGCCGACGCUGCCGCCGCGCAGAUAGCCACUCUUUCCCGCCAUUUCAAGUGUAGAGAAAGAGAAGAGAAUCUCCCAUCCCAUCCAAUCCCCAAUUUCCCCAUCGAAGAAAUUGGUUUGAAGCUGCCAAUGGCGGUCCAGAGUCACGCCCGCGACGCCCAAAAUCUGCUCAGAAGCAGGCUCUGUAACCCUAGUUUCGUAUUCAAGGCGCUCUCCGGUUCUCCGGAUAGCAAUUACAGCAAAUUGAAAUUCAUAUUAUCGAGUUCAGUUACUGAAGCAUGCAACAACUCCCUGCUGCUACUUGGGCCCCGGGGCUCGGGAAAAACUGCAGUGCUAGAGCUUGUAUUGAAUGAUUUAUUGGAAGAAUAUCCUGAUAUGAUAUCCGUGAUUAGAUUGAAUGGGCUCUUGCAUAAUGAUGACAACUGCGCCUUCAAGGAAAUUUCUAGGCAACUAUGUAUGGAGCAUCACUUGUUAUUCUCAAAGAUGGCAUCAUUUGAUGAUAACUCUCAAUUCCUGAUAGCCAUGUUAAGGGAGUGUGGAUUAGCACACAAAACAAUCGUCUUUGUGCUUGAAGAGUUUGACCUAUUUGCACAGGGAAAACAACGGUUACUUUAUAGCUUGCUGGAUGCGAUGCAAUCGAUAACAUCUCAAGCUGCUGUCAUUGGUAUUAGCUGUAGAUUGGAUGCUGAUCAGCUUCUGGAAAAACGAGUAAGAUCCCGUUUUUCUCAUAGGAAAUUGCUAUUUCUUCCUCCAUCCACAGAAAUUAUAGAAAGGUUGCUGCAGCACAUCUUACUAUUGCCAAUGGACUCAACUCUUCCAAACGAUUAUGCUACUCAAUUCAAUACAAAGCUCGAGAGUGUUUUAGCAGAUGAAAGAUUCAAAGAGAUCCUUAAAAACUAUCUGAGUUCCAGUUCUACCAUCAACCAUCUACUGAGGUUUCUGUUUGUUGCGGUCUCUUCCAUUGAUGUGAAAUCUGGUUACCCAUCUCUUGACAAUUUCAAGACAGCACUUUCAAGUUUCCGAAGGCAGCCAAAGCAGGAAUGCAUUAAAGAUUGCUCCAUUCUGGAACUCUAUAUUCUCACAUGCAUUAGGAGACUGGAAAGCAAGGAGCAGAAAUCCUAUAACUUCAAUUCUGUAAUGAAAGAGUAUAAAUCCAUCCACGACCAGUUCCAGACUUCUGAUGAUUAUGCGCGAAACGUAUGCCUAAGGGCAUUCGAACGUCUUUUGCAGCGCGAUUUGAUCUGUUUCUCGGACAACAGAGGACAAGGUCAAUCUGUUGAGUUUCGUCCGGUGAAGUGUCUAAUCUCGCACUUUGAGCUCCAAGAGGGGAUCAAAGCAUAUCGUUCCUGUCCCAUCAUCCUCACCAAACUUUUGGAUCGUUGAACUCAAAAAGGACUAAGGGUGCCGCUUAUAAACUGCAGUUUAAUCUCGAUGGUGAAUGAUUUACUCAUUACGAAGAAAUAAGAAAGGAAACAAAUUAUGUAGAGCACAAAGCCACCAGAAUGCAACCCAGUCCCUUUUUCUAUUUCAGGUGAUACGUAUGAGAGCAAUUACUGUUUUGAGUUGUGAAAGUGAUUUGUCUCGAGUGAUUUGGGCAUUGUGAAGCCAAUUACACUCCUGGAAAAUAACUCCUUUUUUUUAGG